AUUUGUGUUUUUGAAACCCAAAAAUAAUUGCUCAAAGUAAUUUUCUUAAAGGAGUAUUGAAAACUUUUAUGUUGCCAUAGUUAAACUAUAACAAUAUGUUAUUUAAUUAACAAAUGAUAUAAACAUGCAGGAUAACGACGUACCAUUUUUAAUUUCUAACAAAAAAUUAAAACCUGAGUACGAAGACUUGGAAAGGAUUAAAGUAUCUACAACCGUUUUAACCAUAGGACGUGGCUUAAAGAACUCCGUAGUUAUACCAUUUUUAGCAAUCUCAAGAAAUCAUUGCAUCAUUAGAAAAACAUAUGAUUCGUGGUUUAUUGAAGACCACAGUAGUUUUGGAAUAGAAGUUAAUGGCCUAAAGUUGGGCAAUGGCAAACACAAGAAGCUUAAAAAUCUUGAUGUUAUUACUCUAGACCCAGCAAAAGAAUUUGUUUAUUCAUUCGUAAAUGUAGCCCAGACCGCCGAAGAUGAUAACAUAGAAUGUGAACCUUCCAAUAAACGGAUAAAACUCGAAAACAAUGUUGACUCCACUGACAUUAUAAAUGAUGUAAAAAUUAAAUUUGAAAACUCUCAAAGUUCAGAAAUGCAACAUAUUGCUGAAAAAAUUGAAAAUGCACAGCACAUUCAAAAGAAGUCUCAACUGUUAAAAGAUCACUUACAAUCAGAAAUGAGACAAAAAAUACAAAUGUUAAAUAAAUUUUAUACAACAAGAAUUGAUAGCUUGGAGGAUGGCAAAACUACAAUUGAAGAACAAAGAGCUCUUCUUAUACAAGAAAGAGACAGACAACUUGCUGCUCUGAAAGAGGAAAUGGAAGGGAAAAUUUCUAGCCUAAAGGAAGAAAUUGAAAAACACAGUACAAUAGAAUCAGAACUUAUUUUAGAGAAUGUCUCCCUGAAACAGAAACUUUUAAAAGAGAGAGAAGAAUUUCUGAGUGAAAUAAAUAGAGAAAGUUCGUCUAAACAAAAUUUAUUAAACAAACUGGAAGCUAAAAUGUGGGAGCAAGAAGAAAUUCGUAAAAUGGAGAAAAGGAAACUGGAAGAAAAAUUACGAAAUGAAACAGAAAUGCUUAAAUUAGCAAAUGAAAAGGAAAUAAAAGAACUGGAAGAACAAAAGAAGUUGAGGGAAAGUGAAUUGUUGCAAGCUUUGAAUGUUCUAAAAAGUAAACUGGAAUCAAAAGAAAAGGAAACACAACAGCAUAAAUGUGAAGUUGAACAAGAGUUAACCAGAAAAGUUGAACAAAUGAAAAAAGUUAGCAAAGAAGAAAAACUAAAAAUGGAACAACUUAUCCGUGAAAGAGAAGAGCUACAAAAGAAGUUGACUGAAGCCAAAAUCAAUGCGAACAAGUCUAUCGUAGAAUUAAAGACCCGAGUGGAAGACAGGGAGACGGAACUCGCCGCGCUGGCUGCGGAGAGGAUACAGAAACAUUCCGAACAGUCCACUGAAGUUAUCAAUUCACUUCUGGAGCAAUUGGAUAAGGUAAAGAGUCAACUACGAUCCGUGGAAAAUGAAAAAGAAAUGCUCAAAGCUGAGAACGAAACUGGUGAGAUCUCUGCAAAAGAAAGUGCGGUCGCCGAGUUCACAGAUAUAAUGGAGAAUGAACUACAAUGCAGCAUCUGUGCGGAGUUAUUUGUGUGUGCGACUACUCUUAACUGUGCUCACACCUUCUGUAAAUAUUGUAUAACUAUGUGGAAGAAGAAGAAAUGGGAGUGCCCAAUUUGUAGGAAACCAAUAACAUCGGAGUGCAAAAGUUUAGUACUGGACUCAUUCAUUGAGAAGAUGGUUGAGAACCUGAGUGAGGAGAUGAAGCGGAAGAGAUUGGAUCUGCUCAAGUCGAGAGAAGCGGAAGUAGCAGCCAUGACGAGUCGGAAUUCAACUCGUCGUUCGACGAGGGGGAGGAGGAGGAGUACGAGGACUUCUUCGAACACGGACACGACUACUUCUGGCCGGCGACACGCGCCGAGCACGAGGCGGCAGCUGCACGCAGCCCCUAUACCUAUAGUGGAUCUGACUUCGACUCCUUUGAUACCUUCUCGACUACCAGUACCUCCUCCAGUGAUAGCCGGGGGUAGCUCCGUCAUCGUCGUGCGCAUGGACCACGACUCGCUCACACAGAACGAAGUACCUCUGAGGUCGGCGGGGGCGUUCGGGCAGGCGGCGAACGGCUCAGCCGAAACCGAAACUGGGGAACCUCAGACCUACGGAGUGUCAUAAAUAUGUCACAGCUUUGUAAUAUAUUGCAUUUAUAUUCAUUAUAUUAUGUUAUUAAGAUAAAACUAACACCUUUGUUUGCUCUCCUAGAUGACAGACGCGGUUCUAUUAU